AUGGCUCCCAUCUUCAAGCCCCUUGCGCUCGCUAGCGCUCUUUUGGCUGUCAUCAGCUCCGCCGCCCCUGUCGACCUUAACAAACGUGAAAACGAUGUGGUGUGGACAACGGUCACCACUGUCGUCUGGACUACCGUCGAUGUGACCACUACCAUUUACCCUACUCCGCAGGCUCCAACUUCCACUCCCCCUGUCGUUGAGUCUACCCCAACCCCGACACCUACUCCCGAGCAGCCCAAGCCCAUCGAGGCCGCUGCGCAACCGGAAACCCCUGAGGCUCAGCCCGCUCCUGUCGCUGUAUCCACCCCUGUCGUUUCUGUUGCUGCUGCGCCCGCCCCUGAAGAGCCGACUCAUCAGACUGCUGCCCCCGCGGCUCCUUCCACUUCUACUACUAGCCAGGCUCCUCAGUCCACCGCCCCAGCCGCUAGCAGCGGCAACAGCGGCAGCACCAGUCAAGCCCCCAGCAGUGGAUACAGCGGCAGCUGCUCCAAGGACUCCCCCUGCGUUGGCCAGCUCACCUACUACGACACGGCUACCUCCGCCAGCGCCCCCAGCAGCUGCGGUCUGACCAACGACGGCUUUGCCGAGAACGUGGUCGCGCUUCCCGUGGGCAUGAUGACUGACGCUGACUGCGGCAAGACCGUGACCAUCACCUACAAGGGUAUCACCAAGACCGGUACCGUCGUGGACAAGUGCAUGGGUUGCAAGCCCACCGAUGUCGAUUUGUCCCGGCACUUCUUCGGCGAGCUGGCUGAUAUGGAUGCCGGCCGUGUCCAGGGCGCGUCGUGGUACAUCAACUAA